UUAGCAGUCAAAAUAAAUUCGUAGGAGGAAUUUGCCAAUCAAGGACUACAGAAACAGCAUAGGAUGUGACACGUGUCAUAAUCUGGGAGAUAACAGAGAAGAAACAAACAUUCCCUGAUUAAUAAAAUCCAAAACCUCAGAGGGUCCAUCCAACGUAGAACAGCAAAUCUAAACAAAUGGCGGCGGUUUUUCUCUUUGCUUGCUUUCUCGUAUUGUCUCUGUCUCCCAAUUAACGAGAUUGUUGUUUUUGGUUUUUGUCGAAUCGGGAGACUGUGUAAUUGAGAGAGAUUGAUUGAUGGGUUCGCAUUUACUAAUGGAUGAGGAUGAUGACAACGGCGAGGUUUUGAUUGCGCCGCCGAAGAAUUUCUGGAAGGUGGAAGACGGAAUAUACCGUUCUGGGUUUCCUCAUCUCGAGAAUUUCGGUUUCUUAUCGACCCUCAAUCUCAAAUCCAUCAUCUACUUGUGUCCUGAACCAUACCCUGAGGAGAAUCUCAAGUCUCUUGAGUCCAACAACAUCAAGCUUUUCCAUUUCGGUAUCCAUGGCAAAACGGAUCCUCCAACUCCUAUGCCAAAGGAUACAGUCUUGAGUGCUCUUAGAGUACUUGUUGAUGUUAGAAAUCAUCCAAUUCUCAUCCACUGUAAGCAAGGAAAGCAUAGGACAGGUUGUCUUGUGGGGUGCUUGAGGAAAGUUCAAAACUGGUGCUUAUCAUCUGUUCUCGAGGAAUACCAGAACUGUGCCGGUUUGAAAUGGAGACAGAGAGAUUUGAGGUUCAUAGAAGAGUUCGAUGUGCUCGGAUUAAGACAGUGCCUAUACAGCAUAAUCUAUCAGUACAAUGGCUAUGGUCUCAAGAGGAGAAAGCUUCUGUAUCAAGAAGAGAAUGUUGUCCAAGAACAGCAGAAACCACAAGCCACCAAAGGGUGAAAACAAGCUUGAAAUCGGAUUGAUAUUGUUUUUUCUUCUCUUUAUUAGAUAAUGAUUCUUUACAUUUGUCGUUCUUAAUGAUGAUGAUGAUGAUGAUCAUUCUUUUGAGUUUAGGGUAGUUGUUAAAACCUCGAGAAAACAGAGGAUUUGAUUUGUUUCUUAAGAAACUAACAAACACAUGUGGCGUUUGCUUUGUUAAGUAUAUUCUACAAAUCAAUAGAAAACU